UGUUUAUAUAUGGAUGAGCAGUCUAUUAAUCUAUUUGAUUUUGAAAUGUCAGUUUAAAGUUAAAAGCCUCCUAAAAAACUUAGUUCCUGUCCCGCUCCGACCCCCCGAUUUUCCGAACACCCCUUAAUGUGACACUUGUGACAGUGACAUUAAUUAAACUAACCUCGAAAUAUGAUUUGAAUUCAAUAUUCAACACAUCACAAUAAAUAAAUAUUACACAUUUAAUAUUUGUAAAUUAUAUACGACUAUGUUAUUGUUAAUUUUUAACUUAAUUGUUUACAAUUACAAAUUAAGUAAGCAAAUUUAAAUAGAAAUAUGGAAACAACUACUGCAGGAUGGAUUGGCCUAAUUGUAGUUCUGUUUUUAACUAGUUUUGGUUUAUCGUGGCUACUAAUUAUAAUAAUAAGUUUGUUACUGUUUUUAAUAGGGCUGAUAUCACUACUAUAUGUUCAACAAGGCAAAAUAGAAAACUUUUAUUUAAAAUGUGCCGGCAAUCCUCUAUCUUCUAGUAAUUUUAGAGAAGGUGGUUUAGAACAGAUUGUUAAACAGUUGGAGAGUCCAAAAAAAUUACAAAAACAAGAUCAUAGGGUUACUGGCAGUGAAUUAAUCGAUAGUUCUUUGCAAGAAAUAUUAGGUUACAUUAUAAGAGAUUAUGUUUCAACUUGGUACAACAUAAUUACAAGGGAUUCUGAGUUCACAAAUAUCACUGUGAGGCGUACAGCACAGACGUUUGCUAUCAAUAUUUCUAACAGGGUCAAGGAAGUUGAUUGGAUACCUUAUCUGACACAGAAGUUUGUAGACGAUGCAGCAUCACAUUUGAGAUUAUUCAAACAGGCUAGAACGAAAAUGAAACUACAGGAGGUAGCAAAAGAACAAAAAAGCUCACCUCAAAGAGAUAAAACUUCGCCGAAGAAAAGUGUUCAUAAAAGAAAUAAAAGUGAAACAGAUGUUGGUUGGUACAGUGGUAGAUCAGGUGAACUAAAGAAAGAUUCCGAUCGACUUAUAGGGAACUCAAAAUUUUAUUUAAAUGAUGUUAAAAAAGAAUUAACUUUAGAAGACCAUUUUUUUGAAUUAGAAUGCCAAAUGGAAAAUAAAAUGGUUUCAAGGGAUUUUAUUUGCAGGAAUGUGGAAAAAGAAAAAGAUUUUUUAUGCGAGCUGGUCGAAAUUUUGUUAUAUGUUUUACUACCUGGUGAAGAUUUCCAAUGUAAACCACUACGCUAUUUGUUAAGGGAAAUAUUUGUAAAUGGAGUGAUUUUACCUCUGUUUAAUUUGGUUUCUGAUCCGGAUUAUAUUAAUCAAGCCAUGCUUUGGCUGUGUUUACAAGAAAAUCAGUUACCAACUGAUAUAUUUUUAACUACUCUUAGAUUAACUGAUAACUGUGAUGAAUUAAAAAGUACCAAAGAUUUAGUGUCUCUCGAAAUACAAAGUCUGAGGUCUCGCGAUUCUGGCGGAGAUAGUGAUCUCACUGUUAAACAACAAUUGAGCAGCUUAUAUUACGUUUUAAAGUUAAUAGAUAAUAAGUUAUCCAAAAUGGAAAAUAUGGACAGUUCAGAUGGACAGUCUUUUGAUUACAUCCAAUUAGAAAAUAUAAAAAAAAUCGACUUAAGUCUAGAGCAAAUUUUGAAAAACAACAUUGCUCUUUCCUAUUUUAUAGAUUUCGUUUCUAGUCAAGAAAAACAAUUGGAUCUUUUUUUCUACUUAAACGUCGAAGGCUGGAAGGUGUCUGUGGAACAGCAGAUAUCAGACCUACACCUAACUAAAAUAAUAAAAGGUUCCGCGGAAAAUAGUACCCCAAUUUAUGAAAAUAUCCGUUCGACAGCUCUCAGUAUUUACGAGCAAUAUUUAGGCGAUAAAAGCGAGCAAAGGAUACAAAUGAAACCUGCACUUGUACAAACGUUGCAUUUUAAGAUUCGAAAUCUCAACGAAACUCCUUCGGAAACGUGGUUCGAUGGUAUUUUAGAAGCCAUUUACGAUAAGAUGGAAAAUAAUUUUCUACCUUUAUUCAAGAAAAGCAAGUCGUACGUGAAGUUAUUACAAGAACUCGAUCUCUUGCAACAGGCGAAUGCUGAAGAUGAUAUUAUCAGUUUUAAUAGUAACGAAAGUCUCGAAAAUAACGAAACCGUGCCCAUAAUUAGUAAGAAGAUGGAUUUUUUGAGCGUGGAUAACGCAAGUAAGAACGUAAAGCAUGUUCGAUCACUGAGCGAUGUGACGGUAUUAAUAGGAAAAAAUGAAUCGGACGUUAAAUCCCGUAGUUCUAGUCAAGAAAAAAGAACGCCCACAAACGAUGAAUCCGUAAAAGAAGAAGAGGAAAAGAUUGACGAAAUAGCUUUAAAAACUGGAGAUUAUAUUCUGAAUGUAAAUAUUAUUGAAACAGGGAUCGUUUGUGAAAAGGGAAAAACUUUUGGAAUUUACGCCAUUAGGGUAACUCGUUCUUACGAGACUGGAUAUCAAGAGGAAUGGCACAUUUACAGAAGAUACAGCGACUUUCAUGAUCUUUACACCAAAGUGAAAGAAAAAUUUCCCGAUCUUUCGAAACUUACGUUUCCCGGAAAGAAAACAUUCCACAACAUGGACAGAUCCGUGCUGGAACGAAGAAUGAAAAUGUUAGGUUUAUAUAUGAACGAAGUGUGUCAUAAUAAUGUGAUAUCGACGCAUCACGGACUUAGGGAUUUGGUGAUGACUUUUCUUGAGCAGGGGGAUUACGAUCGCGCCACCGGAGGACCGAUCUCGAGCACCAUAAAUACGCUAGUGAAUCCUCUUAAAUCUGGUAUGAAGACCAUCAAGAACAUGCCAGAGCAGUUGAUAAAUACUGUGGACGAAGUGGUGGUAGGUUUGUCCAAAGUAUUUCAUCCCAAACCUCUUAGGUUCCCAGAGGCGUGUAAAGUUGGAGCUUCAAUAGAAGAGACAGAUGAUAACAUUCCACUUAGAAUAAUGCUGUUAUUAAUGGACGAAGUUUUCGAUUUGAAAUCUCGCAAUCAGUGGUUAAGAAGGAGGAUAGUCACGCUGCUUAGACAAAUUGUAAGGACCAUGUUCGGGGAUAUAGUCAAUCGUAGAAUUUUAGAAUAUGUGUCAUUUAUAACUAGUCCUAAAAAUGUUGCACAUUACUUGUACAUAUUCAAGCACUCAUUUUGGCCAAAUGGAAUGAAAAAUGACAGAAAGUCUGACCGAGAUGAUAGUACCAAGAAUCGAACAAGAGUUGCUGCAAAGGUAGCACUUUUAUCGUGCUUAUCAGAUGAACUUAAGCAUAUUAUUGGAUCAGAAACAACGAGGCGCGGCUUGUUAACGAUCUUCGAUCUAUUCCAACGACCAAUUUUAAACCGUAGGCUAUUAUAUGUAUUAUUGGAGGGAGUUUUAUGCACUUUAUUUCCGGACAAGGAGAUGAAUAAAUUAUUUGUUAAGUUAUAUUGUAAGUCGAAACACGAUGAUCAGAAGAGAACUCGAAAGGAUAGGUGAUGAUUUAUAAAUUUAAUUAAACAUAGUUACAAUAGUAAGAUCUUAACGGUAUAUUAACGAAAAAUAUAACAUAAUUAUUAAAAAAAAACAAGCUCAUGGUUUUAAAUUUUACAUUUUUUUUUAUAUUGCUGAUUGAAUUUUUAUAACGUCCAAAUACAUUUAAACUAAAGUCCAAAUACAUUUAAUCUCGUGUGUGCUAUGUAGUUUUAUCAAAUUCACUUUGGAAACGGUACUAUUACAGCUCAGACAUAAUAAUUCAUUCUUGUUUAGAUGAGAAUUUGAACCACUGCUUCAUCCACCCAGCCAGGGGCGCUCAUAUACGUGGG